AUGAAAGCCAGUGUUGUCAUUACUCUCACGACUAGUGCAAUUGCCGCCAGACAAUCGUACGAAUCGCUCAGCAAGACCGACGUAGCCGCCCUCGAACAUGAACUGGACAAGUGGAAGGCGUUGUAUGGCCCCAUUGCACAAGCCAACGGAUUCCUCCCCCCAGUCACUGUGAACUCCGCACGAAUCAACGGCCAUUACGUCGAAGAACUCCAGCGCUUCCACGACACUGUCCAAGACGUCCAAGAAGCAGCUUUGGCCAACCCCGACGCUGUAACGGUAGCGAGCUUCACAGAGUAA